AAGGAAUUAGAAGAUCAUGUUACGAUGGUGCAUAUUUUAUCUCAAGAUAACGUAAAGUAUCUGUACGGUUUAGAAAAAUUUACACAACCGUUGUACAGAUUAGAUCCAACAAAAAUAGGAGAUUACUUACCUGCGCUUAUGUAUGCUAUAAGGAUGAUUUACGCUACAUCGCGAUUUUUCAAUACUAGGAAGAUGGUAACCGCUGUAUAUGUAAAGAUAACUAAUCAGAUGAUAUUAGCAUGUAAAGCAUACUUAACGGAGAAUGGAAAAUUAAGCAUUUGGAACGAAUCAAAAUGUGUUAUGAUAUCUAAAAUAAAGGAUUGUAUUAAGCUCUGCGAGACAUAUCAUAACUGUUACGAUGAUAUGUGUAAGAAGGUCGAGGAAUCUCCAGAUGAGAAGCGUUUCGAGGUAUCUGAAAUGUAUGUUUUUGGAAAAUUUGCCACUUUUAAGACAAGAAUAAUAAAAAUCAUGGACAUCUUUGAAGCAGUACAGAUGUAUUCCAUUCUGCACAGUUCGACUAUAGAAGGAAUUAAUAUAUACGCACAAAAGUAUACGGAUCAUUUUAAAAAGAUUUUUUCUCAGAAGUAUGAUCCCUUAGAUCACAGAAAACCGUAUUUUGAUACUGAUUAUGAUGAAUUCAAAAAGAACAUAGCGGAAACCGACCUGGAACUACGAACGUUUUUUUAUAACUGCCUUUCUCUCAUGCCAAACAUAACGCAGAGUUUAUAUUUAAUAGCUAGAUAUUUAAUUAAUUUUACGUCGUCCCACAGGUUUCAAAAAUUGAAUCUCAAGCAACUGAGAAUUGAUAGAAAAUGCAUAGAACUCGUUUCGAUGUUUCAACAAGAAAUCGAAGAUAUCCGCGAUAGUUAUAAUGAAAAUAGAUCCGAUCCACCUAUACCAAGGAAUAUUCCACCUGUAGCUGGUCGAAUCCUAUGGAUCCGGCAAUUAUAUAAACGCAUUGAAGUUCCUAUGAAUAUGUUUAGAUCACACCAUAGAGUGAUUACGCAUGAUUCUAUGCAGAAGUGUAUUAAAAUAUAUAAUUCACUCAUCAGUGUUUUUAUUCAUUACGAAUUAAUAUAUUACAAAGCGUGGUACGAUUCGGCUAAUAUUGUAAUAAUUACAUGGUCCUCAUUAAAACUUUCCAAUGCAUGCGCUAAAAUAGAAGAAGAGAUAAAAAAUGUGCAGAUAUUCAUUAAGGAGGUGGAAGAUAUGAAAGAAGCGAGAGUAGAUGAAGUACUUGAAUCUAUUGCGGAAACAAUGUUAUUAAAAUUAGAUGAAUACCCGAAAAGUUCAGAACAACUUUUAGCCGAUAAUGUAGCUUUUACAGAUAAAAUAGCAAUUGAUUUGGAAAUCAAAUCUUCGGCGAUAGAGAAGGCUGUUAUCAUGAUUAUUAAUAAAUUUAUAGAUCUUAUAACUGAUCCUAUCGUGCAAGACAUUAAAUACAAUUGGAUGGAUCUUGAAAAAAUGUAUAAACAAGUCGGAUCCGAAAGCAGAUUAAUACAAGGACCAUUUGAGCCGGGCUUUGGUUACAUCGAAAGAACAAAUAAAGUUAAGAUAAAUCAAGUGCACAAUGAUUGUAUGGAACUUUUUGCGUAUUACAAUAAUAAGUUAAUAGAAGCUUUGGUAAAGUGUACUAAAAAUUCUUUAGACUUAUUAAAGAAGAAAGCAACCAUUAUGAGCGUAUUAGUUAAAGAUAUUGCAAUAGAGCAAGAAAUUCCGAUCAUGAUGACAUAUUUCGUUUUACAAAUACCAAAUAUCGUAAUUAUUCCAUCAAUAGAAGAGUUGCAAAAUAAUUUCGAUAAAAUUUUGCACAAUACCUAUUUUCAAAACGUGUCCGAGCACAAAGACAUAAUCCGCAGUUCAAUAAGUCUGCAAGGUUUAAUAUUAAUGUUAAGAGAUGAUGUCUUCAAAGUUGGCAACUCAUAUUUGCGAUAUUCCUACAUAUGGACAGAAAAUAGAGAUGACAUUAUACAAGCCUUUAUUGAUACCAAACCUCUUAUACAAGACAUCAAAGAGAAGUUUAUAGAAUAUGAAGAUUUAAUAAUAGAAAUACAAAAUUUACCUGAACGACAUAUACUUGGUCCUCUUCAAAUUGACACAGAUAAAUUAAAAUUAGCACUUCUCGUCGAAGCAAAUGCAUGGAAAAAGUCAUUGGGUGUCAUGUUAUCAAAUACGUACAAGAAAAAAUUUCAAAAAAUAAUAGAUUAUAUUUCUGAAAAGAAUAAAGUUCUAGCGAGGCAUAUUAAGGAUUUAGAAGAUGUUAGAGUCGCAAUGAAAUGCUUGGCAGAAAUACGAGAUGAUUUCAUAUCACUAGACAUGGAACUAAUCCUGAUUGAAGAGACUUAUACAUUAAUGGGAAAAUUUAAUAUCGACAUAUUAAAAGAAGAUCAAGAUAUAGUAGACGGAUUGAGAUACAAUUUUAACAACAUGCUCAAUAUGGCGAAGAAAGUUCAAACAGUUAUAUGUGAAAUGCAAGACCCAUUGAAAAAGGAACUUAUUGAUGGAGUUACGGUUCUUAAAAAGAAGGUAGCUCAUUUUGACAUUGAUUUUGAACUUAAUGGCCCAAUGGUUGAAGGAAUAGUCGCAAAAGAAGCCAGUGAACGAGUUAUCCUGUUUCAAGCGCGUUUUGAAGAACUGUGGGAAAGGUACGAGACUUAUAGUAGUGGCGAAAGCUUAUUCGGCAUAGAAAUAACAGAAUAUCCAUCUCUACAUCAGAGAAAAAAAGAACUCAAUUUAUUGCAGAAGUUAUAUACAUUGUAUUUGCAAGUUAUGCGCACUAUCGAUAGCUAUUAUGAUAUUCCAUGGUCCGAAAUUGAUAUUGAGUCAAUUAUAACUGAAUUGACCGACUUCCAAAAUAAAUGUCGAAAGUUACCUAAAGCUAUGAGAGAAUGGCCCGCAUAUGUCGAUCUAAAAAAGAAAAUUGACGAUUUCAAUGAAAUGUGCCCACUGCUAGAGAUGAUGGCUAAUAAAGCCAUGAAAGACAGACACUGGAAUAAACUAACUAAACUUUGUCAAUAUUUCUUUGAUGUGGAAUCUGAAAAGUUUACUUUAGCAAACGUUAUGCAGGCACCUUUGUUGAAAUAUAAAGAUGAUGUUGAGGACAUAUGUAUUAGCGCAGUGAAGGAACAAGAUAUCGAACUUAAAUUGAAGCAAAUAAUUGCGGAUUGGGCUGUUAUAAGUCUGCAAUUUUCCUUUUUCAAGCAAAGAGGCGAAUUAUUGCUGAAAGGUAUUGAAACGGCUGAAAUAAUAGCGCUACUGGAAGACAGUUUAAUGCUCAUAAGCUCUUUGAUGGCAAAUCGUUACAAUAUACCGUUUAAAAAAGAGAUUCAGUUGUGGCAGACCAAGCUUAGCAAUACGUCGGAAAUAUUGGCGAAAUGGUUAACAGUACAGAAUUUGUGGGCUUAUCUAGAAGCAGUAUUUAUUGGUGGCGACAUAUCGAAGCAAUUGCCUACUGAAGCAAAACGCUUUAACAUGAUCGAUAAGGCUUGGGUCAAACUUAUGCUUCGCGCUCACGAAGUAUUAAAUGCGGUGGAAACAUGUACUGGGGAUGAGACAAUGAGCCAGUUUUUACCUCAUUUACUGGAACAGUUAGAAUCGUGCCAAAAAUCUCUUAGCGGUUAUUUGGAAACCAAGCGAGUUAUUUUUCCAAGAUUCUGCUUCGUAUCAGAUCCCACUUUAUUGGAAAUUCUUGGACAAGCAGCGGAUUGUCAUACGAUUCAAAAUUAUCUUGAUGGCUUUUUUGAUAAUAUAGCAAAACUGAAGUUUUCCGAAAAGGAAUAUGAUAAAAUUAUAGCAAUGUCUUCACGAGAAGACGAACAAAUAAUAUUGGAAAAAGAAGUUGGAUGUACAGGAGGCGUGGAAAACUGGUUAAACGUUCUGUUAACAGUCCAUCAGCAAUCCGUUGGUGCUGUGAUUUCGCUAGGGCUGCAAUCACUUCGUACACCUGAAUUCGACAUCUUGUUAUUGAUAGAGAAUUCUGUUUUGCAAGCGGGCCUAUUAGCAUUACAAGUUUUAUGGACACAAGAUUCCGAAAUAGCAAUCACGGCAGCCAAACGUGAUAGAACGAUAAUGAAAAGGACCAAUCAAUGGUUUCUAGAUUUGCUAAAUAAUCUCAUAGAAAUAACCGUUAAAGAUCUUACAAAGUAUGCCAGAAUAAAAUAUGAAUGUUUAAUAACCAUACACGUGCAUCAAAGAGACAUAUUUGAUGAUCUAUGUCGUCUCAAAAUUCGAAAUAUAUAUGAUUUUGAAUGGUUGAAACAGGGUCGAUUCUAUUAUGAUGCUGAGACAGAGGACGUUACAAUUAAGAUAACCGACAUAGAUUUCGUUUAUCAAAAUGAAUUUUUAGGUUGCACAGAUCGACUUGCGAUUACACCGCUUACAGACAGGUGUUACAUAACACUGGCACAAGCCGUGGGAAUGAAUUUUGGAGGAGCUCCCGCAGGUCCGGCUGGCACGGGUAAAACAGAAACGACGAAAGACAUGGGAAAAGCACUAGGAAAAUACGUUAUUGUUUUUAAUUGUUCCGAUCAAAUGGAUUUCCGAGGUUUAGGCAGAAUAUUUAAAGGACUAGCGCAAUCCGGUAGCUGGGGAUGUUUUGAUGAAUUUAAUCGAAUUGCUUUACCGGUGCUAUCCGUCGCUGCACAGCAAAUAGCAAUCGUGCUCAAUGCGCGAAAAGAGCGAAAGACAUUUUUCUUGUUUAGUGACGGCGACACAUAUAAACUCAAUUAUGAAUUAGGAAUAUUUAUUACAAUGAAUCCCGGAUAUGCUGGUCGACAAGAACUACCGGAAAAUUUAAAAAUACAAUUUAGAAGUGUGGCAAUGAUGGUUCCUGACAGACAAAUCAUAAUGCGAGUAAAACUCGCGGCGUGUGGCUUCAAAGAGAACGUGGUAUUAGCGCGAAAAUUUUUCAUAUUGUACAAAUUGUGCGAGGAGCAGCUCAGCAAGCAGGUACAUUACGAUUUUGGAUUAAGGAACAUCCUGUCGUGCUUACGCACACUUGGCGCUCAGAAACGCGCGCAUCCUACUGAUUCCGAGGAAACCACGCUUAUGAGAGUACUACGUGAUAUGAAUUUAUCAAAAUUAGUGGAUGAAGACGAAUCUCUUUUUAUGUCACUUAUUGAAGAUAUGUUCCCGGGUAUAAAGUUAACAGUUCAAACGUAUAAAGAAUUACAAAAAGCAAUAGCUAACGCCACUGUUACUCUUGGAAUAAUGAAUCACAGCGAAUGGAAUUUGAAAACUGUUCAGUUAUACGAGACUUCCCUCGUUCGCCAUGGUUUAAUGGUUCUUGGACCAACAGGAUCUGGUAAAACGCGAUGCAUGUGGGCGCUAAUGAGGGCUCUAACAGAAAUGGGUAUGCCGCAUAAGGAAAUUAGGAUGAAUCCAAAAGCGAUAACUGCAUCUCAAAUGUUUGGAAAACUCGAUGUUGCGACGAAUGAUUGGACAGAUGGUAUAUUUUCCACUAUAUGGCGAAGAUCCAUGCAAGCGAAAAAAACAGAAAAUUUAUGGAUAGUAUUAGACGGUCCCGUUGACGCAGUAUGGAUUGAAAAUUUAAAUUCUGUUCUGGAUGACAAUAAAACGUUAACAUUGGCAAAUGGGGAUCGUAUUGUAAUGGCAGCAAAUACUAAAUUAGUGUUUGAACCUGACAAUGUGGAUAACGCGUCCCCAGCGACUAUAUCGCGUAUGGGAAUGAUAUUCGUCAGUGCCUCUGUGCUAAAAUGGAAUUCAAUUUUAGAGGGUUGGCUUAAAAAAUGUUUCAACAACGAGGCUCGAGUGCUACGAGCAUUAUUUAAUAGAAUAUACGGAGAUGCCCACACAUUCGUUCAAAUAAAGCUUCAUACUAAAAUGAUGCUUUUGGAAGCAAUUUACAUACGGCAGUGUAUUGACUUAUUGGAAGGUUUAAAUGUUGGAAAUUCCGACCCAACUAUAUUAUCUGAGCAACAUAUCGAGAAACUUUUUCUAUUCUCUCUUAUGUGGAGUUUGGGUGCAAUGUUAGAAUUAGAUGCACGAUUUGCAUUACAGGAAUAUCUUGUGAAUCAUGAAUCAAAUUGUAACUGGCCAAAGUAUUCAGAAGAUGAAACUAUUUUUGAGUACUUAGUAUCAGACGAUGGAAAGUGGAUACAUUGGAAUAAAAGAGUGCCAGAAUUUGAGUAUCCCUCAGACCGUAUCUUAGAAUAUUAUACUAUUCUUGUUCCUAAUGUUGAUAAUACUAGGACAUUAUAUUUAAUUGAUACUAUUGCAAAGCAGGGAAAGGCAGUACUUUUAAUAGGAGAAGCCGGCACCGCAAAAAGCGUAAUGAUAAAAAGCUACAUGUCUAAGCACGAUCCCGAAUACCAUUUAAAUAAGUUUUUCAAUUUUUCUUCAGCAUCCACGCCCAACAUGGUUCAGCGUGUAUUCGAGAGCUACGUCGAAAAGCGAGUGGGUAGCAUUUAUGGUCCUCCUGGUGGACGCAAAAUGAGCAUCUUUAUUGAUGAUAUAAAUAUGCCGGAUAUAAACGAAUGGGGCGAUCAAAUUACAAACGAGAUCGUACGUCAGUUAAUGGAGUACAAAGGGUUCUAUUCCCUGGAUAAACCGGGCGACUUUUGCACUAUGCAAGAUAUUAUGUUACUAGGUGCGAUGCAUCAUCCGGGUGGAGGACGAAAUGAUAUUCCGCCGCGAUUGAAACGGCAGUUCAAUAUUUUUAAUUGCACAUUACCGUCCAAUAAAUCCAUGGAUACAAUUUUCAAUGUUAUUGGCCAAGGUUAUUUUUGUGUUACAAGAUUUUCCGAAACCAUCGUUAAUUUCUUACCGAAGCUUAUUCCACUGACUCGAAUAUUAUGGCAGCAAACUAAAGUGAAGAUGUUACCAACUCCAGCCAAAUUCCAUUAUGUUUUUAACUUGCAUGAUCUCUCUCGUAUUUGGGAGGGAAUACUCAGAAUAAAGAGAGAGGAAUGUGAAUCUAUAACAACACUGCUGAAAUUAUGGGAGCAUGAAUGCAUGCGUGUGAUAGCAGAUCGCUUCAUUAUUGCCGUUGAUAAAGAUUGGUUCCAAAAUACGUUGCGGCGGACCGCGGAGAAAAUGUUAGGUCCAGAUUUUCAAUAUUAUUCCCCAAUUGAGACAUAUUUCGUUGACUUUUUGCGCGAACCACCAGAACCGACAGGCGAAGAGCCAGAAGAUUUUGUAUUAGAGGCACCAAAGAUUUAUGAGGAGAUACCGAGUUACGAUAUUGUUAUUACGAAAAUUCAACAAAAUAUGGAGCAAUUUAACGAAUAUAUACGCGGUAUGCAUCUUGAUCUGGUAUUCUUCCAUGACGCAAUGGUGCAUUUGAUACGAAUAUCACGAAUACUUGGAGUUCCCAGGAGCAAUGCGUUGCUGGUCGGUAUAGGAGGAUCCGGAAAACAGAGCCUAACGCGACUGGCAUCCUUCAUUGCAGGAUUUAACUUCUUUCAAAUAACAUUAUCCAGGGUUUAUAAUAUAUCCAGCUUGAUGGAUGAUUUGCGAAAAUUGUAUCGGACCGCUGGUACUGACAGCAAAGGUCUCACUUUUAUUUUCACUGAUAACGAAGUAAAAGAUGAAGCAUUUUUAGAAUAUAUAAACAACAUAUUAAGCGUUGGCGAAGUAGCCAAUCUUUUUGCGAAGGAUGAGUUAGAUGAAAUUUUGACAACUGUUACGCCACUGAUGAAAAAGGCUGAUCCCCGACGACCUCCUACGCAAGACAAUCUUUACGAUUACUUUAUAUCGAAAGCGAGAAAUAAUUUGCAUGUAGUCUUAUGCUUUUCACCAAUCAGUGCAAAAUUCAGAUCUCGGUCAUUAAAAUUCCCUGCCCUUGUAUCUGGUUGCACGAUAAAUUGGUUUUGGAGAUGGCCAAGGGAUGCGCUUUACGCAGUAAGUGAUCACUUCCUAAUCACAUAUGAAGUUAUAUGUAGUCCGGAAGUAAAACAAGAGUUAAUUCAAGUUAUGGGCGAUAUUCAAGAUCACGUAAAUGAUACCUGUGUAGAAUACUUCGACAGGUUUCGACGACAAGUAUACGUGACUCCGAGAUCAUAUUUAACGUUUCUCGAUAGUUAUAAAAUGUUUUACAAGCAACGUUUGGAUAACAUUAACAUGAUUGCUUCUCGUAUGAGUAGCGGUUUAAAUAAAUUAACUGACGCUGCGGUUCAGGUCGAUACGUUGCGACAUGAAUUGGAAAAAACUCAAGAGGAGAUUGCGGUAAAAAAUAUUCAAGUGGAGGCGAUUAUUGUUACUAUAAAUGAGAAAAAAACAGAAGCUGAGACUGUGAAAGCAAAAGUGCAAGUGUCAAAAGAUGAAGCGGAAACGAUUCUGACAGUGAUAGCAAAAGAUAAGGCAAUUGCAGAACAGAAGUUAAAAAGUGCGGAACCUGCUUUAUUGGAAGCUGAAGCUGCAUUGCUGACCAUAAAAGCAGUAGAUAUCGCUACCGUUCGUAAAUUGGCUAAACCACCGUAUUUAAUUACGCUCAUAAUGGAUUGUGUUUUGAUUCUAUUUGGACGAAAGCUGGACCCAGUCAAACCGGAUUACGAACAUCAAUUUCUAACACCUUCGUGGUCGGAAUCACUAAAGGUUCUAGCUGAUACCAGAUUUUUAUAUAAUUUACAAAAUUUUCCAAAGGAUGAUAUUAAUGGUGAAACUAUCGACUUAAUGAUGCCAUAUUUGAAUUUUCACAUGUAUACUUAUGAAGCCGCAAAGCAAGCCUGCGGAAAUGUUGCGGGUCUCAUACAGUGGACCAUCUCUAUGGUUGCUUUUUAUGAAAUAAAUAAAGAUGUGCUACCUUUGAAGGCAAAUCUUCUUGUACAAGAAAAGUAUUAUGAGAAAGCUAACAAAAAUUUACUCGAGGCAGAAAAAUUAUUGAAAGAAAAGGACGACGCUUUAACGAUAGUACAAAGUGAUUUCGAUGCCGUGAUGCAAGAACGACAAAAAAUUGUGGAUCAAGCUGAUAUUUGUCAAGAAAAAAUGGAUACCGCAACCGCUAUGAUUGAAGGAUUAUCUGGAGAAAAAAUAAGAUGGACGGAGCAAGUUACUACAUUUAAAUUAGAAAUAGAAUGUCUCGUUGGAGAUGUGUUGAUAUUCACUGGAUUUCUUUCUUAUUGCGGGCCAUUUAAUCAAGAAUUCCGAAUUCUUUUACAAAGAAAAUGGUUUGACUUUAUACAAGAUAGAAAGAUCCCAAUUUCUCUUAAUGUAAACAUUAUUAAUGCAUUGACAGAUACAGCUACGAUUGGUGAAUGGAACUUGCAAGGUCUGCCAACCGAUGAAUUAUCAGUUCAAAAUGGAAUAAUUGUAACGAAAGCAUCGAGAUAUCCUUUAUUAAUCGACCCACAAUUGCAAGGCAAAACAUGGAUUAAAAAUAAAGAAAGAGAGUUUGAUUUACAGAUAACAUGGUUCACACAUAAAUAUUUUAAAAAUCAUUUAGAAGAUUCUAUAUCGAUAGGACGACCAUUAUUAAUUCAAGAUGUAGAAGAAGAAAUAGAUCCAGUGCUAGACAAUUUAUUGGAAAAAAAUUUUAUAAAAAUAGGAUCCUCUUAUAGGGUUAAAUUAGGUGAUAAAGAAGUGGAUGUUAGCAAAGAUUUCAGACUUUAUAUCACGACAAAGUUACCAAAUCCUUUUUAUACUCCAGAAGUAUUUGCUCAUACAUCUAUAAUUGAUUUUACUGUUACAAUGAAAGGUCUAGAGGAUCAAUUAUUGGGAAGGGUCAUUUUAAUAGAGAAAAAAGAGUUGGAGACAGAAAAAAUGCAAUUGAUUGCUGAUGUAACUGCGAAUAAUAGAAAAAUUAAAGAAUUAGAAACGAAUCUUCUACACAAAUUGGGAACUGUAGUAGGUCCUUUAAUCGAAGAUGUGGAAUUAAUGUCGGUUUUGAAUAUCACGAAACAAACAGCGACGGAGAUACACCAAAAAUUGAUCAUCGCAAAAGAUACGGAACUAAAAAUCGAUGCAGCACGUGAAGAAUUUCGACCGGUUGCAACGCGUGGUAGCGUUUUGUACUUCUUGAUAUGUGACAUGCCGCAUGUCAAUUGCAUGUACCAAACUUCCCUUGUUCAAUUCUUAGAACGAUUUGAUAUCUCAUUGGAUAGGUCCGAGAAGAGCCCAGUCAAUCAGAGAAGAAUAAAUUAUAUCAUCGAAUUUUUGACUUACGACAUCUUUAAGUACAAAUCACGAGGACUUUACGAAAUACAUAAAUAUAUGUUCAUUUUGUUGAUGACAUUGAAAAUUGAUCUGCAACGCAACAGCAUCACACAUGAGGAAUUUCAGUAUUUUAUUAAAGGUGGCGCAGCGCUGGAUUUAAAAGCAAUUGAGCCAAAACCUUGUAAAUGGAUCACGGAUGUAACGUGGCUUAAUCUAGUUGCGCUGUCGUUAUUAAGACAAUUUCAAUAUAUCGUGGCUCAAGUAUCCGCUUCUGAGAAAGUUUGGAAACAUUGGUACGACAAAGAUGCACCAGAGGAGGAAGUUAUACCAAAUGGUUAUCACACGUUGGAUGCAUUCCGGCGAUUGCUUUUGAUAAGAGCUUGGUGUAUGGAUAGAACGCUGUCGCAAUCAAGGAAAUAUAUAGCAUUUUCCUUAGGAGCAAGAUUUGCAGAGCCUGUGAUGACGCUUCUCGAUGUAAUGCAUAGUGAAUCAAGACCAAAUACGCCAAUGAUCUGUUUCUUAAGCAUGGGAUCGGAUCCCACGCCUUACAUCGAGCAGCUUGCAAAGAGAAUGGAACUUAUUUGUAGAAGCAUAUCGAUGGGACAAGGUCAAGAAGUUCAUGCUCGUCGACUGCUUAUUAGCGCGAAAACUGAAGGUUUCUGGGUAUUAUGCCAGAAUUGUCAUUUAGGCUUGGAGUAUAUGACGGAAUUGGUAAACUUUCUUUUAGAAAUGGAAACGCCGCAUCCAGACUUUCGCAUAUGGAUCACGACGGAACCGCACAAAGAUUUUCCUAUUUCCUUACUACAGACGUCUAUAAAAUAUACAUAUGAACCACCGCAGGGAAUACGCGCGAGUUUAUUGGCGACGUACAAUAGUAUGAAUCAGGAAAUAUUGGACCAGUGUGACGCUCCGCAAUAUAUACCACUGAUAUACACCGUAUCAUUCCUACAUACCAUUGUUCAGGAAAGACGGAAGUUUGGUCCCUUAGGAUGGAACAUACCUUACGAAUUUAAUUCCGCGGACUGGCUGGCAUCUUGCAUUUUCAUGAAUAAUCAUUUAAAUGAUUACGAUCCGAAGCGUGGUAUAAAUUGGCAAAGCGUGCGUUACAUGAUAGGCGAAGUGCAAUAUGGUGGACGCAUUACAGAUGACUACGAUAAGAGAUUAUUAAAUACCUUCGCAAAACUGUGGUUUACGGAAGCGCUUUUCGCGGAAGGUUUUGUUUUCUACAAAGGUUAUCCACUUUUGGUAUUAAAGCAAGUAAGCGACUAUCUGAAGGCGAUAGAUAUUAUGAGUCCCGUGGAUUCGCCACAAGUAUAUGGUUUACAUCCAAAUGCAGAUAUUACGUAUCAGAGUAACACCACACAGAUUGUGUUAGAUACAAUAAUAUCCGUGCAACCGAAAGAAGCGGGUGCCGUUGGUGUAGAAUCCCGAGAAGUGGUUGUUGGAAGACACGCGAAGGAAAUGCUAGAAAAAGUACCGCAACUGUAUGACAUGUUUGAAGUUAAAGAAAGAUUGCAAGCCAUGGAUCAUACCGCACCAAUGAACAUUUUUUUAAAACAAGAGAUCGACAGAAUACAGAUAAUUAUAAAAUUAAUACGCAUUAUGCUCAAAGAUCUUUUGUUGGCCAUAGAAGGCAUAAUUAUAAUGAGCGAGGACUUGCGAGACGUCUUCGACAAUAUAUACGAUGCUAGGAUACCGAGGAUCUGGAAGGCUCGAUCGUGGGAGUCUGUUUCUUUGGGAUUCUGGUUUACGGAAUUGUUGGAGAGGAACCAACAGUUUUCGACUUGGCUGCAGAGCGGGAGACCAUCAAAGUUCUGGAUGACUGGCUUCUUCAAUCCACAAGGUAUUUAAUAUACAUAUUUUUAUGUUGAACGCGUUCAACACAAUAUUAGAACCGUCGAUGGUAUUCUUUUAAAACUGCCUUUCUUAAAUAAAGUAGCGGAAGAGAUCAAGGCACCACCACCAGAAGGUGUUUAUAUCUAUGGCCUAUUUCUCGAGGGUGCCGGCUGGGACCGAAGACAUAUCCGCUUGUGUGAAUCGGCAAAUAAAGUCCUUUAUGUAUUAAUGCCAAUAAUACAUAUCUACGCUUUACAUAAUCUGGACAAGCUUCCUGUUCUAAAUAAAGGCUUGAAAUUAUAUCAGUGUCCCGUAUAUAAGAAACCUCAGAGGACUUAUAUCUUGCUAGUAACAUCGCUCUGGCUGCAAACUCUAAAACAUCCUGAUCACUGGAUAUUGCGGGGAGUCGCUUUGUUAUGUGAUAAUAAAUAA